GGCCUACUGAGGAAUCUCUCAGGUUGCAGGGAAUGGACCACCCCCCAGCUGCGUGCGCAUCAUCAGAUGUCGCACUUCGAUCUACCGCAACUUGAACGACUCUGGUUGUAUGCAGCAUAUGGGACUGACUUGGCUUACCUGGUUCACCUUCACGGCUGCUCUCACAGUACAUGCGUCCAAAUUCAAUAUAAUACAGGAAUACGGCAUAGCGUAUAGUUACUAUACUAAAUACGUACCCGAACCCCUAUCGCUUUUCUCAGAUCGGCGCAUGCCGGGCGGCUUUCAAGGUCUAGGGGAGGGACCUAUUGCUGAAGCCAGGUCUGGAUUUCUCCACCUUAGGAGCUAGACUAGCACAACAAAACCAAUAAGACAGGAUUAAAGGAUCGC